AUGUUUGUAACCGGCUUGAAAUGGGCAGGGUACCUCAAACCAAAGAUCCGGGAAGUGAUGCUGGAGAGUCCUACCAUUCAAUUCUACGAGAAACUUAACAUUUUUUGCAAACUGCCCGAUGACAAAAUGUUGAAAUACACACCCAUUAUAAACGCUAAACUGGCCGAUACCAAAAAACUACUACAAACUCGCGUUUCCCGUGACUUUUGGGCUAAAGUAAUUGAUAUGCACGAUGACCAGGAUGGGUUCAGGGAGUUUUCACACAGACGUGUUGAAAUAUAUCCGGCAAUACUGAACCGAACUGAACACAUGUUGGGAGUAAAGGUGGACACAAAGUGCGAGAUGAAAGAGUCCUACCCCGAUGCUCAAUACAAAUCGUUUGUCAUGGAGAGUAGCGUUGAAAUGGACGCCGAGUUUAAAGACUUGACCCGAGAGUUGGGAUAA